UGUCAGUGCCCUUGAACUUGGCUGCAGUCCAAUCAGAUGAUGUCGCCGAGGCACAUGACAAAACCCCCUUUUUCCCUCCGAAGAAGAAGAGGGAGAGAGAAGAGUACAGAAGAGAGAGGGUGCGUCCGAAAUCGCAUACUGCUUACUGGGUCUACAUUUGAAUUUGAACGUACUACUCGACCGUUAAAAAGUACGUUCUAUAUAGUAUGAGUGUGGGUAGUAUGAAAGGAAUUCGGUGGUACUACAUCUGACGUGUUGAUGUCGUCACGUGUCAUGCGUCUUCACAACAGCGCGAAAAUUUAAAGAGCCCCCUCGACUGCGCGAACAUCGGCGAUGUUGAUCGUAAUUCUUACUGCUUUCAUCCGCGUUUUAACUUUGAUUGAAUCAACAUCUCUGAGGAGGAACAGGUCAGCUGCUCGCAGAUCACGCCUUCCUCGACAGCUUCUAAAAUGUUUAUCAAAUAAUACUGUGAGCCCUACAACCUACUGCCACCUGAAUGCUGCUGUGCCAAUCCUUCGACUGUACUUCGAAGAUGGAUCUGACCUUCGUCCCAACCUCCGGCUUUCUCGACAGUCCAUCAUGUCCCUCAUCACUGCUUUGAGGUCAGAUUCUGAUCAUGGCUGGGAAAAAGAUAUUGAGGUGCUGGUGUUUCUCUACUGGCUGGCCCAUGCAGCAUCAUAUCAUGUGGUGUCUCUGGCCUUUGACAUCCCAAAGUCCACGGUGCAUGACAUUGUGCACAGAAUCAGCAGGGCAGUCAUCUUUAUUUUGAGGAGGGUGAUCGCUUUCCCGACCCCAGAUGACCUGGAGGAAGUGGGGGCAGGUUUUGUCCAGCUGGCUGGGUCUCCAGCUUUUCGCAUGGUGGCUGGUGCAAUAGAUGGGUGCCACAUCCGGAUCAAGUCACCAGCAAGUGAAGCCCUAUGCUACUUUAACAGAAAGCUGUUCCACUCAGUCCAGCUGCAGGCCAUCACUGACCACAAGGGGAAGUUCAUCGACAUUUUUGUUGGAUAUCCCGGGUCUGUGCAUGAUGCCAGGGUGCUGAAGAACAGCCCCGUUUACACUGGCCGCCUUUAUCCACCUGCAGGAAACCACAUCCUUGGAGAUGGUGGUUAUCCCUGUUUGAGUGUGCGCCCAUCUGCCUCAUCACACCAUACAGAAUCCUGUACAGUCUUGCUUCAACUCCAAGCAUGCUCGUGCACGUAACAUUGUUGAGAGAGCCUUUGGGAUGCUGAAGACACGCUGGCGCUCAAUCUUCAUCAAGGCCCUGGAAGUGAGUCCUCCCUUUGUGCCAGAUGUUGUUGCAUUCUGUGCGGUGCUCCACAAGCCCCAACUUCAGAACGGGGACAUUGUUGAUCCAGAGGUUGUGGAGGAUCCUGUCGAUGACCCACCUGAGCCCCAAAACACAGAAGCCAGCACAGGAGAGGAUGUGCGGGACAAUCUGGCUGCAGCUGUGUCAGCACCAGACAACUGUGCACCUGCUCUUCAAGAGCUUGAUUACCUCUGAGACAGUUUAACAGGUCAAGACUCUGCAAAUCAGUUCAUGUUCUCAGAUUCCCAUUGUUUAAGCUUGUUAGCUGGUUAAUAUGUGAAUAGUUAGGUGUGUGUGUG